CCUGAGCCGCCGCGCGCCCUGCCCGGGGGCGGCCCCCCUAGCCCCAUGGAGGUCUCCCGGAGGAAGGUGCCGCCGCGCCCCCCAUGCUCCGCCGCCCCGCUGCCCCUGAUCGCCUAUCUGCUGGCGCUGGCGGCGCCCGCCCGGGGAGCGGACGAGCCGGUGUGGCGAUCCGAGCAAGCCAUCGGAGCCAUCGCGGCGAGCCGGGCGGACGGCGUGUUCGUGGCGAGCGGCAGCUGCCUGGACCAGCUGGACUACAGCCUGAAGCACAGGCUCUCCCGCCUGUACCGGGACCAAGCGGGCAACUGCACCGAGCCCGUCUCGUUGGCGCCCCCCGCGCGGCCCCGGCCCGGGAGCAGCUUCAGCAAGCUGCUGCUGCCCUACCGCGAGGGGGCGACCGGCCUCGAGGGGCUGCUGCUCACCGGCUGGACCUUCGAUCGGGGCGCCUGCGAGGUGCGGCCCCUGGGCAACCUGAGCCGCAGCUCCCUGCGCAAUGCUACCGAGGUGGUGUCGUGUCACCCGCAGGGCUCGACGGCCGGCGUGGUGUACCGCGCAGGCGGUACUGAUCGUUGGUACCUGGCGGUAGCCGCCACCUACGUGCUGCCGGAGCCGGAGACCGCGAACCGCUGCAACCCCGCAGCAUCAGAUCGAGACACGGCCAUCGCGCUCAAGAACACGGAGGAGCGCAGUCUGGCCACGCAGGAGCUGGGCCGCCUGAAACUGCGCGGUAGUGCGGGCAGCCUGCACUUCGUGGAUGCCUUUCUCUGGAACGGCAGCGUCUACUUCCCCUACUAUCCCUACAACUACACGAGUGGAGCUGCCACCGGCUGGCCCAGCAUGGCGCGCAUCGCGCAGAGCACCGAGGUGCUGUUCCAGGGCCAGGCGGCCCUCGACUGCAGCCACGGCCACCCCGACGGCCGCCGCCUGCUGCUUUCCUCCAGCCUGGUGGAGGCCAUGGACGUCUGGGCCGGCGUGUUCAGUGCGGCCACUGGAGAGGGCCAGGAGAGGCGCUCCCCCGCCACCACGGCUCUCUGCCUCUUCAGGAUGAGUGAGAUCCAGGCGCGCGCCAGGAGCUGCAGCUGGGACUUUCAGGCGACCGAGCACAACUGCAAAGAAGGGGAUCGGCCCGAACAGGUCCAGCCAAUUGCAUCGUCUACGUUGAUCCAUUCUGACCUGACAUCUGUCUAUGGCACCAUGGUGAUGAACAGGACUGUUUUGUUCUUGGGGACUGGGGACGGCCAGUUACUUAAGGUUGUUCUUGGUGAGAAUUUUACUUCAAAUUGUCCAGAGGUCAUCUAUGAAAUUAAAGAAGAAACGCCUGUGUUUUACAAGCUUGUUCCUCACCCCAUGAAGGAUAUCUACAUUUACCUAACAGCUGGGAAAGAGGUGAGAAGAAUUCGUGUUGCAAACUGCAGUAAACGUAAAUCCUGUUCCGAGUGCUUAGCAGCAGCAGACCCCCACUGCGGCUGGUGCCUCCCGCUACAAAGGUGCACUUUUCGAGGAGACUGCACACAUGGAGGGAGCUUUGAAAACUGGCUGGAUAUUUCAUCUGGACCUAAAAAAUGCCCUAAAAUUCAGAUAAUUCGAAACCUUAGAGAGAGGACCACAGUGACCAUCGUGGGAAGCUUCUCUGCUAGACACUCUGAGUGUGUGGUGAAGAAUGCAGGCACCGGCAAGCUGCUCUGCCAGGGGAGAAGCCAGCUGAACCGGACCUGUGCCUGCAACAUCCCCAGCAGAGCCAGCUACAAUGUCUUAGUUGUCAAUGCAACGUUCUUCUUCCCAUCCUGGAACUUAUCAGAAAGAUUCAACUUUACCAACUGUGCAUCCUUAAAAGAAUGCCCAGCAUGUAUAGGAACUGGCUGUGCCUGGUGUAAACCUGACCAAAGAUGCAUCCACCCCUUCGCGCCCUGCGACCCAUCACAUUAUGAGAGGAAUCAGGAGCUCUGCCACGUCACUGUGGAGAAGCUGCCCAAGGCCCCAGGAGGAGGAGUCAGAGAGAAUCAGAGUAACAGAACGGACCAGUCUUCAAAGGUCUUCUACGUUAAAGCCAUUGAGCCACAGAAAAUAUCAACUUUAGGCAAAAGUAACGUGAUAGUUACCGGAGCAAACUUCACCCAAGCGUCCAAUAUCACCAUGAUCCUGAGAGGAACCAGCACAUGUGACAAGGAUGUGAUCCGGGUUAGCCACGUGCUAAAUGAUACACAUAUGAAAUUCUCACUUCCAUCAAGCCGAAAAGAGAUGAAAGACGUCUGUAUUCAGUUCGACGGUGGGACCUGCUCUUCUGCGGGGGCUUUGUCCUACAUCGCUCUGCCACACUGUUCCCUGAUAGUGCCUGCCACCACCUGGAUCAGUGGUGGGCAAAAUAUAACCAUCAUGGGCAGGAAUUUUGAUGUCAUUGACAACCUGAUCAUUUCACAUGAACUAAAGGGAAACAUAAACGUCUCUGAAUAUUGCACGGCAACUUUCUGCAGGUUUCCAGCUCCCAAUUUAAAGAGCUCCAAAGGGCGUACAAACGUUGCAGUGAAGCUAAGAGUCCAAGAUACCUACUUGGACUGUGGAACCCUACAAUACCUUGAGGACCCCAGAUUUACAGGGUACCGAGUGGAAUCUGAGAUCGACACAGAAUUGGAAGUAAAAAUUCAGAAAGAAAAUGACAAUUUCAACAUUUCCAAGGAUGACAUUGACAUUACUCUCUUCCAUGGGGAAAACAAACAAUUUAACUGCAGUUUUGAAAAUAUUACUAGAAACCAGGACCUCACCACCAUCCUUUGCAAGAUCAAAAGCAUCAAGAAUGCAAACAGCAUCGCUACCUCCUCUAAGAAAGUUCGUGUCAAGCUGGGGAACCUGGAACUCUAUGUGGAACAGGAAUCUGUGCCUUCCACGUGGUAUUUUCUGAUCGCACUUCCUGUCUUGCUAGCCAUUGUCAUCGUUGUGGCUGUGGUGGUGACCAGGCACAAAUCGAAGGAGCUGAGUAGAAAGCAGAGCCAACAGCUGGAACUACUGGAGAGUGAGCUCCGGAAGGAGAUACGUGACGGCUUUGCCGAGCUGCAGAUGGAUAAAUUGGAUGUGGUUGAUAGUUUUGGAACCGUACCCUUCCUUGACUACAAACAUUUUGCUUUGAGAACUUUCUUCCCUGAGUCAGGUGGCUUCACACACAUCUUCACUGAAGAUAUGCAUAACAGAGAUGCCAAUGACAAGAAUGAGAGUCUCACAGCUUUGGAUGCCCUAAUCUGUAAUAAAAGUUUCCUGGUUACUGUCAUCCAUACCCUUGAAAAGCAGAAGAACUUCUCAGUAAAGGACAGGUGUCUGUUUGCCUCCUUCCUGACCAUUGCUCUGCAAACCAAACUGGUCUACCUGACCAGCAUCCUGGAGGUGCUGACCCGGGACCUGAUGGAACAAUGCAGCAAUAUGCAGCCCAAACUCAUGCUGAGGCGCACCGAGUCUGUGGUGGAGAAACUCCUUACCAACUGGAUGUCUGUCUGCCUCUCUGGUUUCCUCCGGGAGACUGUUGGAGAGCCGUUCUAUUUGCUGGUGACGACUCUGAACCAGAAAAUAAACAAGGGCCCUGUAGACGUGAUCACUUGCAAAGCGCUGUACACCCUCAAUGAAGACUGGCUGCUGUGGCAGGUUCCUGAGUUCAACACUGUGGCAUUAAAUGUCGUCUUUGAGAAAAUCCCAGAAAACGAGAGUGCCGACGUUGUUCGGAAUAUUUCAGUCAACGUUCUUGACUGUGACACCAUAGGCCAAGCCAAAGACAAGAUUUUCCAAGCAUUCCUAAGCAAAAAUGGUUCUCCAUAUGGACUUCAGCUCAAUGAAAUUGGCCUUGAGCUUCAAGUGGGAACACGACAGAAAGAACUUUUGGACAUUGACAGCUCUUCUGUGAUUCUUGAAGAUGGAAUAACCAAGCUAAACACCAUUGGCCACUAUGAGAUAUCAAAUGGAUCCACUAUAAAAGUCUUUAAGAAGAUAGCAAAUUUUACUUCAGAUGUGGAAUACUCAGAUGACCACUGCCAUUUGAUUUUGCCAGAUUCAGAAGCAUUCCAGGUCGUGCAAGGAAAGAGACAUCGAGGGAAACACAAGUUCAAAGUAAAAGAAAUGUAUCUGACAAAGCUACUGUCGACCAAGGUGGCAAUCCACUCUGUGCUGGAGAAGCUCUUCAGAAGCAUUUGGAGUCUGCCCAAUAGUAGGGCCCCAUUUGCUAUAAAAUACUUCUUUGACUUUUUGGAUGCCCAAGCUGAAAACAAGAAAAUCACAGAUCCUGAUGUUGUACAUAUUUGGAAAACAAACAGCCUUCCUCUUCGCUUCUGGGUAAACAUCCUGAAGAACCCUCAGUUUGUCUUUGACAUUAAGAAGACUCCACACAUAGACAGCUGUUUGUCAGUGAUUGCCCAGGCUUUCAUGGAUGCCUUUUCUCUCACAGAACAGCAACUGGGGAAGGAAGCACCAACUAAUAAACUCCUCUAUGCCAAGGAUAUACCAACCUACAAAGAGGAAGUAAAAUCUUAUUACAAAGCAAUCAGGGAUUUGCCUCCAUUGUCAUCUUUAGAAAUGGAAGAAUUCUUAACUCAGGAAUCUAAGAAACAUGAAAAUGAAUUUAAUGAAGAAGUGGCCUUGACAGAAAUCUACAAAUACAUCGUAAAGUAUUUUGAUGAGAUUCUAAAUAAACUAGAAAGAGAACGAGGGCUGGAAGAAGCUCAGAAACAACUCUUGCAUGUAAAAGUCUUAUUUGAUGAAAAGAAGAAAUGCAAGUGGAUGUAAGCACCCUGGGGCCUGGCUUUAUUUGACAAAGUUCUUCAGACAGCUCGGGAGCAAAAUGGCUGCUUGAGCUACUCUUUGUCGUUAAUUUCUUAAGUUUGCACAUGGGUUCCAUUUUGAGCACUGUCUUUUAAGAGACCAAGGCACAUGCACAGCUUUUAGAAAGCAUAUCAACCACUGUGCCUGUGGGUAACCGUGGGAACCUUUCUGUAAAUAGAGCUGAAGUGGUUGUUGCAAACAGCCUCCUUGUUUACAGAGAAUACAGGGCCAGUAAGCAAGUGUCAGUAUUGUAACUACAGUCUCCACUUAAGCACAAUGAUAUCUACUGGUUUUGUUGGGAUACUACAGCUAUGUAGCACUACACUGUACUUCUGCAGAAGAAAGGGGAUGCUAACAACGCUCAAAAUGUGAAGUGAGUCAUAUGGAAACAAGGCGGGGGUGUUAGGGCAACCCUGAGGAUCUGCAGCGUUCACUUUCCCCAGUAGUUCUUGGAAAAGCUGAAGGCCGCCUUUGGUAGUGUGUACACUUAGCGUUCGUGAGUGUGUGUGUUUAAACCAAAAACUAACAGUGUUGCAACAUUGUUGAAAGGGCUCGUGUUUUUCAGUGGUUGCCAGCUGCACUCAUCACCUCCAUCUCAUCAGAGGGGCUCUAAAGCAAGGAGAGUGAGUGGGUUUCACUGAAAUGCAACAGCGUUUUUCCAGACUCGUCCUAAUGUGUGUUUCCUUUCUAUCUUCUCAUGUAUCUGGUAGUGGAUAUGUUGGGUAUUGUAAGCAAAGAGUUCAUGACUUACUUCUGUUUGAUCAGAACUGUCUGUGGAUGUGUAAGUCACUCCUGUAAUCUUACAUUUCUAUACUAGUGUCUCCUUGCUUUAGAUUUCUGGUGAACCCUGUGGUUAUAAAUACUUGUGUGUGAUUAAAAUAAAAGAUACAUUUUACAUUUCA